UCAGUCUUUGGGGUGUUCUACGAGAGAGGAGUACGAGAGGAACGUCAGUCACGUAUCAAGUGGAGUACGAAACAACAUGCCUUCUGUUUGUGGUGACAUGAUUGAUAUGGCUGCUGCCUCGCAAUCGAGCAUAAUGGAAGGGACCAGUACGGAUAGCGUGGGAACACAGAGUGACAUAUCUGGACACACAACAGUACCAGGAAGACCCAGAAUGGACGUGGCCUGCGUCUUGGAUUUGCAACAAUCGGAACAUCUUGUGCAACGAAAGAAAGCGCUAGACGAAGUUAGACAGGCCUGUAAUUUGGUCAAUGCCAAUAUACAUCAUAUACAGUUUGAGAAGCUUGAUUUUGGCGAAACUAAUGUGCUGGACACAUUUUAUAACGCUGAUGUGGCAGUUGUGGAUUUAAGUAUACAAUUGCAACAAUCUUCGCUGUUUUAUCAUCUCGGUGUUAGGGAAAGUUUUGGAAUGAAGGAAAACAUUUUGCUAUAUAAUGACAUAGACACAGAAGCUACAAUUAGACUCAAGUUAUCCUGUGGCAGUUACACAUUUGUUUCGUAUCGCGUUGUGGAAUCGUGUGGAUCAUGUGUAGCUACUAAUCCAGCUACCAGCAGAAUUACAGGCGAAGAAACAAUAGAUCCCAAACAGCAUCUCACUCUGAAACUCAAGAAAUUGUUUCAGGAUGUAGAAAUACAAUCCAAAGCACAUAUGAAAGAGAAAUUUCUGGCAGAUCUACGUAAGGCGCGUGAGACAUAUUCCGGAGAAGAACUUUCCAGAGCUCUGAAUAACAUGCGCAAACGUUUAGAUGAUCCAAAUGUUCUAUCAGGAGAGGUCGUUUUAAACGUUCUCAUUUCAUUCCGGGAAAUACAGGAUUACGAUGCAAUGGUACAACUGGUUGACGAUUUGAGAACUAUACCAACUCAUAAGAAUUAUAUAAAUACUCCAGCUAUAAGAUAUUUGUACGCGUUUGCUCUAAAUCGACGAAACAAAGAGGGCGAUCGAGAAAGAGCAUUAAAGGUUAUCGAGAAAGCACUGGAAAAAAAGGAAAAUCAUGUUCCUGAUAUGUUGUGUUUAUGUGGAAGAAUAUAUAAAGACAUAUUUGUGGAAAGCAGACACACAGAUCAGGAGAGUUUAAAGAAUGCGAUUCACUGGUACAGAAAAGGUUUUGAGGUUCAGCCUAACGAAUAUGCUGGUAUAAAUCUUGCUACUUUAUUGGUCAUAGCCGGAAAUGAGUUCUCUAAAAGUGAGGAGUUACAGCACAUAGGAAUGGUAUUAAAUAACUUAAUUGGCAAGAAAGGCAGUUUACCGAGCUUAAAAGAUUAUUGGGAUGUAGCAACGUUCUUUGAAAUUAGUGUAUUAGCGGAAGAUUAUUCGAAAGCUUUGCAAGCAGCUGAAUGUAUGUUUAAAUUGAAGCCACCGAAUUGGUAUCUGAAAUCGACAAUUGGCAACAUAUCACUGAUAGAUAGGUUCCGUAAAAAAAAUGAGGAAGCUGAAAUUGCACCGGAGGAACAAAUAUUUAGUUUCUGGAUGGACUACUUUGUCGAAGCUACAAAGCCGGAGGUUGGCGAUAGUAUACGGUUUCCAAUUUUAGUGUUGGAACCAACAAAAAUUUUAAUGCCGAGUUAUGUAAACGUGAAUCUCGGUGCGGAGGAGAAGUCUAUACAAAUAUGGAAUUUAUGUCUGGAUAAUAUGAAGAACAGUUGCAAACAAGUUCACGAUUGGUUGUUUACUGCAAACAUGAUACGUAGCGUAAGCCUGUACAAAAGGGAUGAAAGAUGUCUUUUUCUGUACGUUCAUCAAAAUUCGGAUGAUUUUCAAAUGUAUCUACCAUCAGUACAAUGUAGGCAAAGAUUUUACGACUUGAUCUUAGAAAUGACUAGAGAUCAAGAAGGCAUGGUUACAGAUUUGGAUACUUACAUGACUGAUGAUCGUAUGAAGUUCGAGUAUGAAUUGGAUGAUCAAAAUAAGCGUAUAAUUCUCGGUAAAGGUACAUACGGCGUAGUGUAUGCAGCGCGUGAUUUAAAUACGCAAGUCAGGAUUGCGGCAAAAGAAAUUCGUGAACGAAAUUUGGGCGAUGUACAGCCUCUUCAUGAAGAAAUUAAAUUACAUAGUCAAUUGAGGCACAGAAAUAUUGUUCAAUAUUUGGGUUCUGUAAGCGAGGAUGGAUAUUUUAAAAUCUUUAUGGAGCAAGUUCCUGGAGGAAGUUUAUCAGCGUUGCUAAGAUCGAAAUGGGGUCCUUUGAAAGAAAACGAAUCAACUAUCUCAUAUUAUACUAAACAGAUGUUGGAAGGUCUUAAAUAUCUCCAUGAUCAAAAAAUAGUUCAUAGAGAUAUAAAAGGUGAUAAUGUAUUGGUAAAUACAUACAGUGGAGUAGUAAAAAUUUCUGAUUUCGGUAUGUCCAAACGUUUGGCUGGCUUAUGCCCGAGCACAGAAACGUUUACUGGGACAUUACAGUACAUGGCACCAGAAGUUAUUGACAAGGGUCAACGUGGUUAUGGUGCGCCUGCGGACAUUUGGUCUUUAGGUUGCACGAUAGUUGAGAUGGCCACCGGCAAACCUCCGUUCAUUGAGCUAGGUUCUCCACAAGCAGCUGUUUUUAAAGUGGGAUAUUACAAAAUACAUCCUGAGAUUCCGUCAGAGUUAUCUGAAAGAGCAAAAAGUUUUAUAUUACGUUGUUUUGAGCCAAAUCCUGAUAUAAGAGCAACCGCGGCAGAGUUAUUGGAGGAUCCAUUUCUUAAUGAAAAAAAGAAGAGCAACAGAUUAGUCGCGCCACCAGAUUUCAGUAGAAGCAUAUCAGUUCCUGCAGAUAGAGCGGAACGUUUGGGAAAAUGCGAUAAAACAAAUAAUAAUCAUAUUGUCUCUGCCACACCUAUACAGAUGUCUCAAUCCGAUGAUAGUACAAUAGGGAAUACUCCAUCGAUAGAAACUAGUGAAACUGAUACAGCUGGUGUCUCAAUGACUAGAAGAAGUUCGUCUGGUGGCUUAUUAUCACCAGAAGUUGAAUUAGGAGGACAACCAGGACAAAAAUCUGGAGAAGAGCAAGAGGGUUUUUAUCUGUUAAAGAAGGAUAGUCAAAGACGUAUGACAUUAACAAGGGUUCUCAAUCAAGAUGAGGCAAAAAUUUGUGAAGUUUGGAUGAGAGGUAUACAUCAAGCGGAAGGACAAACUGUGUUGCAAAUGAGUCACUUAGUGUUGCUCAUGCGUGGCUUGAGAGAUUAUAUAGCAGAGCAAAAUCAGGAUGUAAUAGUAACCGCUAUUCGAACACUGAAAGAGGAAUUGGAUUUUGAUUCGACCGCUAUUAAUCAUUUACAUUUGGCUAUUUAUUUAUUUCAAACAGCAGUAAAUGAGGUUCUCAGAAUGCAUAGUAUAAAGCCACAUUGGAUGUUUGCUUUGGACAAUUUAGUAAGAAAUGCUGUUCAAGCUGCUAUUACUGUCUUAUCUCCCGAAUUGGGUGCCAACUUACUUGGACAAGAACGAGUACAAUCUGGUGGUCAAGGCCCUGAGGAAGGGUCAACGUCUGGGGUAUCAACGGUAAAUUCUGUGAAAUCUCAAAAAACCGCUGACUCUGUCGAUAAUAAGUAUUGGAAAGAAUAUAGAGAUCAAAUGGGAGCAUUAAAAAUGGAAAAUAUGAAGUUACUUCAAGAACUGAUAGAAAGUCAGAAAUCAUAUCAAACGUUAUUGCAACAAGCUCUCGAAGAGCAGAAAGCCCAAGUUAAUACAUUGACACAUUUGUGUGAAAAUAUUAAUAGAAGAUCAAUGAGACAGGAAUCAGGUUAUAAUUCUUGCAUUUUUGGAAAUAUAUCUCAACAAUCCUUAACAACUAUUGAUACGCACAGUACGGUUUCACAUCCGGAUACAGCCGUUGUCGAUUGGUUACAGAAUCUUCAAAUAGAUGAAACAUCAAUCGAUAGGAUUUUAUAUGAGGAAUAUACAUUGGAAGAUAUUUUACAUCAUGUUACACGAGAAGAUUUCCGUAGGCUAAACUUGAGGGGAGGGAUUGAACUCAGGAUAUGGCAAGCCAUAUUGAAACAUCGGGAGAAUAAUGAAAAUUAAAUUGUAAAAAUUACAAUACAAUUAUAUAUUUUACAAUCAUUUUUAGUGAUAAAAUGUCACUAACAGCUGGAGUUUAAAGCAGAAUAAAUUAUCUGCUUUAAUUAGG